ACCAACUCGUCAGCAUGAAUGGACAGAAUGGCAGCAGGUUUGAACAUACCCUCCCGGCAAGGUAUCUCCCGCAACUUUGUGUUUGACGAGGACACACCCACCACUCACCUCAACUGCCAUCCAGAUACAAACCACCUGGCCACUAGUACCUGUCACAAAUCAUCUGAGAGUUUGCACUUGCUAGUUAACGAGACAUCUCUAGCUUGUUACAGGAUUGAGGAACAUAUCCAGAAAACUAUUCCUCAUUUGAAGUCGAUAAGUAGUGAGAUAUCAGGAGUGGAGAACAGGACGGAGGGGGCUGGGUACGAUGUGGACUAUACUACACAGUUCUUAGAGGAUGUGGACGUCAUACCUGAGCUUCAGAACAUUCAGGGGUGGCUAAAGAACGCCCUGAUAAACGCCGGUAAGAUUAAAGAUCUCCACGAGAAGAAACUUCCACCAAUGUAGUGUUACCAUGGUUACCACCAAUGUAACGAACUGUAGAUAUGUGUUACUAAUGUUCACAUUACAAAUUCCUUUGGAUCUGUUUUAAGAUCGAGAAAUUAACUCUUCAACUUGAACUCAGUAUACACUAUAGAAAAUCUAUUAAUAAUUAUUUACAUUCA